AUGGCCAAGAAACGCUCCAAGAGAAGAACCCACCUGGGUGCUCACAACCCAGCCGCCCCCACCGCCGUCACUGGCCACAUCAACACCAAAGACCCGAAAUCCAUGGUCAUCCGCAUGGGCGCCGGCGAAGUAGGAACCAGCAUCUCCCAACUUGCCGCCGACGUCCGGCGCGUAAUGGAACCCGGCACCGCCUCCCGCCUCAAAGAGCGCAAAGCCAACCGCCUACGCGACUACGUGACCAUGUGCGGCCCCCUCGGCGUCUCCCACCUCCUCCUCUUCUCCCGCUCCGAGUCGGGCAACACCAACAUGCGCCUCGCCAUCACCCCCCGCGGCCCUACCUUUCACUUUCGCGUAGAAAAGUAUUCUUUGACAAAGGACGUCCGGCGAGCCCAGCGACACCCCAAGGGGGGCGGCAAAGAGUACAUCACCCCUCCCCUCCUAGUCAUGAACAACUUCACCAACCCCAACUCGGACCACACCUCCAAAGUCCCCCGUCACCUCGAGUCCCUCACCACGACCGCUUUCCAGUCUCUCUUCCCCCCAAUCAACCCGCAACGAACCCCCCUCAAAUCCAUCCGUCGCGUCCUCCUUCUUAACAGGGAGCAAUCCCCCGAAGACGACGGGACGUUCAUCGUCAACUUCCGCCACUACGCCAUCACCACCAAACCAGUCGGCCUGUCGAAGCCACUGAGGAGGUUAAACGCCGCCGAGAAACUGCUAAAGUCGUCCAAGUCAAAGAAGGGGCAGCUGCCCAACCUGGGGAAGCUAAAAGACAUCUCCGAGUUUAUGAUUGGGGGUGAAAACGGCGCGGGGUACGAGACGGAUAACACGUCAGGAAGCGAGUACGAAACCGACGCCGAGGUGGAGGUUCUCGAGACGUCGGCGAGGAAGGUUCACAGUUCCAACAAGCCAAGACAAGCACAAAAUGAAGACGGGAGUGAUGAUGAGGAUGGUGACACGGGGCGUAAAGACAAUGUUGAGCGUCGGGCUGUGAAGUUAGUCGAGCUCGGCCCGAGAAUGAAGCUUCGCAUGACAAAGGUGGAGGAAGGGCUGUGCUCGGGCAAGGUGAUGUGGCAUGAGUAUGUCCACAAGACAAGGGAGGAGAUUAGGGAGCUGGAGAAGAAGUGGGAGCAGAGGAGGAAGGACAAGGAGGCGAGGAAGAAGGAGCAGAAGGCGAAUGUGGAGAGGAAGAAGGCUGCCAAGGAGGCGAAUAAGCAGCAGCAGCAGCAGGGGAAGAAGGGGCAGCAAGAGGAAGAAGAGGAUGAUGAUGAGGAUAUGGAGGAUUACGAUAGUGAUUUGUACGAGUAUGGGUAUGAUGGGGAUGACAAGGGGUUUGAUAGCGAGGGGUUGGCUGGGGAUGCUGAGGAGCAGGUCAACUCGAAGAUGGAGGAGGAUGGGGAGUGGGAGGAUGAGGAGGAGGAGAUUGCCGAUGGGAAUAAACAGGGGAAGAGGAAGGCUUUUAAGAAGUGA